GUUGAACCGGGCUUGUGCUGCAGUCUGGUGUCACUAUACUACGCGACUAUCAUGAGUUUGUUUGGGAAGUGGCUGUUCCGACUGGCCUGCGGGGCCGGCGGAGUGGCGGGCUUGGGCCUUGCCCUGCUCUACUUUUUCCAGGAGAAGAUUCUCUACGUGCCCCGAGUCCCUGGGCUCCCAAGUGGCAUCUGGAAGUACCCGAACGAGUUUCAACUGGAGCAUGAGGAGGUCGCGCUCACCUCCGGUGACGGCGUGAAGCUGCACGCGUGGCUGCUCUGGGGCCGUGGCUGGACCAAGGAGCAGAUCAAGGAGCGGCCGGUGGUGAUCUUCUUCCAGGAGAACGCCGGCAAUAUGUCCUUCCGCCUGCCCUUCCUGCGCCUGCUGGUGUACCGCCUCAACGUGGUGGUGUUCGCAAUGAGCUACCGCGGCUACGGGCUGAGCGAGGGGCGGCCGAGCGAGGCCGGGCUGAAGCUGGACGCAGCGGCGGCGUUGCAGUACGUGCUGUCGCGCGAAGACCUGGCCACCAGCAAGGUGGUGCUGUUCGGGCGCUCCCUGGGAGGCGCGGUGGCGAUACACCUGGCGGCAGAGCACCAGAGCCAGAUCAAGGCCCUGGUCGUGGAGAACACGUUCACGGGCGUGCAGGACAUGGUUGCGCGCGUGGUGCCACCGCUGGCGCUGCUGAUCGGCCAGGGCCGGCCCUGCAACUUCCUGGUGACUAACAAGUGGAACAACCUGGCGCUGAUACCCAAGAUCUCGCUGCCGCUGCUCAUGAUGGUGUCGCUGCGGGACGAGAUGGUGCCGUCCUCGCAGAUGUUUGCGCUGCACGCGGCGCAGCGCUCGCCGCACGUGCAGCUAGAGAAGUUCGAGCACGCACUUCACAUGGACGCCUACGACACGGAGCCGGAGAAGUACUGGGGCGGGCUGUACCGCUUCAUGCGCACUUACGUGGAGGAUGCGCCCUGAGGUGGCUGGCGGCUGGGGUAGGGAGGAGUGGGCUUGGUGGAUGCAAGAGCUCGGUUUGACGGUUGUGGGUGUGCGAUGGGACAGGGUUACGGCAGGUUGGUGAAGUCCCGUAGGGUGCAGCUGAUUCCCAGACCUCAGCAGAUCGCAAACAACUUGCAACGGCAGUGCAUAAGCGCGCGGCUGGUCGAACGCCGGAGUUACUGUACCGACAAGUUGGAGGCCCGGAGCCCGACGCCCCGAAGACCGCAGAGUGUGAAGUGAUGUGGUGUUCUCGGGGGGUGGAGAAUACGCAAGAGACAGCACGUGGGAAAUGGUAGGCCAGGGCUGGUGAUGUGAUGUGAGGUGGGGUCACUGGGGUGUGGAUGUGUGAGUGUGGGUGAGCUACAGUUGCGAACUACAGUUGCGAACUACUGACCAUAUCCGCAUGUCACUCGAGGUGUCACUGAGUCACUGAAUGUGUUGCAUUCCUGCCCGUUGAUGUCUCAUUGGGGAAGAGACCUAUCGUUCACGAGAGACGACAUGUUCUGCCUUGCGACCAUUGUCCGCACGCGUUGCAUUGUUGUAGACGUGGCCCAAUGUGGAUGGCAGCCGAAACAGCGAAUGGCAGGAUUGGCGGCGGUACGUACACAGUACUGCAGUAGAGCGGCACACGGAGUUGGAAAGUUGUGUCUGCGAAACUGCCAACCCCAUCACCGAACGUGUAUGGAUGCGUAUAGGCUACCAGCGGCCCAGCUUGCAGGAGUUCACGCGUCUGCUGCAGCGCACGGCCUAAUACUACAUCCA